AUGCAUCCUCCUAGUAUUGCUACUACCCUGGACAAGGAAACUGCAGUCAUUGCCACAGCUGCUCCAGAUGGCCGUGGCGGGCUCUCUGAAAAGACCGAUGCGACGGGAUCUGGUGAUGGCCCAUCUGAAUCCACGAAUGGAGGCGUGUUCCAGGUGAGCGGCGCGAGUUUACUCACAGACAACAUGCUGAGUUUCCCUCCAGCGUUACAUCAAUCAGCUCGCGAUCAAGAACGUAUUAUUUUAAUCUGCUACGGGCUCAAGGGCAAUAUCAACAGCAAUGACGACGCUGAUGGGUUUCCAACUCAUGAUCAGUAA